GUCACUAUUGAUCUGCCAUCUGCAACAAUUGAAACUUCUACUUGGGAAAUUCCUUCCGGUAUUUUGCUUGCCGAUCCACAGUUUCACGAAGCGUAUCCGAUCGAUAUAAUCAUCGGCGCGGAAGUAUUUUUCGAUCUAUUUAGAGUGCCCGGCCGAAUUCAACUUGGAGAGUCGUUACCAACCCUGGUAAACUCCGUCAUCGGUUGGAUCGUUUCGGGAAAAACUUCGUCCAGCACUCCGAAGACUCCAGUAAUCUCCAACUUAGCCACGAUCACAAAUGUACAUCAAAUGCUAGAGAAGUUUUGGACUCUUGAGGAGGACCAUGCCGCUCCAAACCAUUCCGUAGAUGAAGCUCAUUGCGAGGAAUAUUUUCGAAGCACUGUUAAACGCAAUUCGGAGGGACGAUAUAUCGUUAGAUUACCUUUGAAAGAAAAGGUGAUCAACCAACUUGGCGACAACCGCAAUACUGCAAUUCGCCGACUUCGAAUGCUAGAAUCUCGUCUCAGGCGCAACUGCACCAUGGCGAACCAAUAUUGUACAUUUAUGGACGAGUAUCUAAAAUUGGGUCACAUGCGGUUUGUUCAAGAUUACCAAUCGCCACCACCACUUUGUUAUCACAUGCCCCACCAUGCUGUAAUCCGUGAGGACAGCGCCACGACAAAACUACGAGUAGUUUUUGAUGCGUCGUGCAAAUCACUCAAUGGACUUUCACUGAACGAUGCAUCAAUGGUGGGCCCCACUGUCCAGCAGGAAAUUAGAUCGAUAAUCAUGCGUUCGAGAAUACAUAAGGUGAUGAUCAUUGCUGACAUCAAACAGAUGUACCGUCAAUUGGCUGACGACGAACAGCAACAACACCCAACAGCAGCUGCAACUCUACGUAAGGAUUUUUACGUAGACGAUCUUUACUCGGGAGCGAACAGCAUCGACGAAGCAAUUGAGCUCCGGCAGCAACUUGAAGCACUACUUCUCAAGGGUGGAUUUCAGCUUCGAAAAUGGGCAUCGAACGAGGAAGCAGUGUUGGACGGUGUACCUCUGGAGAAUCGCGCUCUUCAAACAUCAUUCGACCUUGACCGUGACCAAUCCAUAAAGUCACUGGGUCUUCUCUGGGAACCGGCCCUAGACCAACUUAAAUACAAAAUCAAGCUACCACAGGAAUCGCCUGACGCUCCACUCACAAAACGCUCCGCUCUUUAA